AUGGCCGAUGCAAGAAAUAUCAAUGAUGAUAAUGAUGAUAACAAUGACGCGGCUAGACAAGAAGCAUUCGAGAACAGAGUUACAGAAGUAGCGGAAGGGGUUAUACAAGCCAAUCUUCCACGGUUGGCUCAAGAAGUAGAAAGCCGAGUUCUAGGGGUUGUGGAUGCUAUGAUGACUAAUAAGUUCGAAGAGUUGAAGGAAUUAAUCGAAGGAUCCAAGAGUAAAGGUAGGGAACGAAGGUGCACUUACAAGGAUUUUAUGGCAUGCCAUCCGAUGACGUAUGACGGUAAAAUUGACCCAGUCGAAUGUCAAAGAUGGGUCUCGAAUAUAGAGGCGGUGUUUAUACGAAGCCGGUGCGAUAAGGAGGACCAAGUGAUGUUCGCUACCGGUUUACUAACCCAUCAAGCGAAAGAUUGGUGGGAUGCGCACAGCAAGGAAAUAGGCGAAGAUAGGCUGCAAGCUAUGACUUGGCAAGAGUUCAAGGGGCCCUUCAUGAGAUAUCAUUGUCCUCAGUCGGCGAUCGACAAGAUUCAGGAGGAUUUCUUACGCCUCCGGCAGAAAAACGAAUCAGUGAAUGAAAUAGCAAACAAUUUUAUUGAUAAGAUGAAGUUCUGUGGAGAAUUGGUAACAAUCGAGAGGAUGAAGAUAAGUCGCUUCUAUGGCGUGUUAAAAGCAGAAGUUAGAGAGUUCAUCACUCCCUCAAAAUGUGAAACUCUUGAAGAGCUCAUCGAUUUAGCGCGGGAUAGAGAGAUCGAAAUUAAAAGGCAAGAGGAGCGAGGUGAAAAGAGGCCGAGUGAAAAAGGUACAUGUGGAAAGCUCCAUACCGGAGAGUGUUUGCUAGGUAAGAAGGGGUGCUUUAAAUGUGGUAAGGAGGGGCAUUCGUCCUAUCAAUGCCCGGAUAACCCAAAGACUUGUUUCAACUGUUUCGAAAAAGGGCAUAUCAAGUCGGAAUGCCCAAAGCUUCAACAAGGGUCAAAGAAAGAAGAUAGGAAGCAAGAGGGUUCUAGGGCAAAGGGGAGAAUGUUUCAGAUCACGUCUGAAGAAGCCAAGUCCCAGCCAAAUAUGGUCUCAGGCGUGAAAGAAGAAGGUACAAGCACUAAGCAAGCGGAAGGAGCACAAGAUCGAGGUAAAGCACCUCUAUAGGCGAUUUGGAGUUAUGGGACGAGCACAUGUUCAAGCCUUAUAAUACCAAGCGCUUCCGCAACUCAUAUGCAUACUUUUGGGUCCAUGUUUUGCCACUUUGUUAGACUUUGUUGAAAUGUUUUAGAUUUAAAA